AUGCGAACCGUUCUUGGCAACUGCUUUAUAACAUCGGGAGUCGGGCAGGCCCACUGGCUGGUCUGGUGGGCUCAGUGGCAUAUGUGUAUGCGUGGCGAGCACUUCCAGCGACUUCGACAACUGAGAAGCGUCUACUUCUCGCCGCAGCUGUUACGAACAUGUUAG